AAAAGUGAAUUCCUUUUGAAGUGCUCUAAAUAGCCCUCCAUGGCUCAUACUUUCUUCAACUUUCUCAAACUUUCCGUCUUAAACUCCCAAUUUUCUCUCCAAGAAUUUCUCAACCACCAAACAACAGCAUCCAUGCCAACCAUUUUCCUCAGGAUUUUCCUUAUUUACAACCUUUUUAAUUCCCUCCUUCUCUCUUUGGUUCCCAAGAAAAUCCGCCAUUUUUUCCCCCCUUCGUGGUUCCCUCUCCAAGCUCCUCCUCUUCCAUCACCACCAUCACCUCCAUCAUCUUCUUGUUCUUUUCUUGCUCAGAAAAGAAUGGAUCCGACAGAGCUCAAAAGGGUAUUCCAAAUGUUUGAUAGAAAUGGGGAUGGAAGAAUCACCAAGAAGGAAUUGAACGAUUCAUUGGAGAACCUGGGUAUCUUUAUCCCGGAUAACGAAUUGACCCAGAUGAUAGAGAAGAUUGAUGUGAAUGGAGAUGGGUGUGUGGAUAUGGAUGAGUUUGGAGAAUUGUACCAGUCGAUAAUGGAUGAGAAAGAUGAAGAGGAGGACAUGAGAGAGGCUUUCAAUGUGUUUGAUCAGAAUGGUGAUGGGUUUAUCACCGUUGACGAAUUGAGAUCCGUUUUGGCUUCCUUGGGGCUUAAACAGGGGAGGACCGUAGAGGAUUGCAAGAGGAUGAUCAUGAAAGUUGAUGUGGACGGUGAUGGGAUGGUCAACUAUAAGGAAUUCAAGCAGAUGAUGAAAGGGGGUGGGUUUAGCGCUUUGAGUUAGAGAAAUUAACCACAUUUGUUGGGGCAUUCUAUUUGUUCUUUCUUCUCUUUUUUUUUUUUUUUUUUUUUUUUUUUUUUGUAAAUAUGUUUUGGAGAAUUAUUUGAAGAAAAAAAAAAAAAAAACAAUGUGGUGAUCACACGGUCUUAAAUUGCUGUGCAUUGUUGCGUGGCGGGAUAUUAUUGGACUAUUGCACCUCCGGUCAAAGCCAUGUAGUCUUGGCCGGUAAAAAGUUGACACGUGUCGAACAGAACGACGGCCAAAUCCAUGGAUGGUCGGUAAGCUUUUGGGAGAUGGGAGAG